AACGCAAGUGUAAGACCAGAAAAACCAUAACAAAUAAGUAAAGAGAAAAUGGCUCGAGUCUCCUCUCUUCUCUCCUUUGCCUUUACACUUUUGAUCUUUCUCCACGGCUACACUGCUCAGCAGUUUCCAAACGAGUGCCAGCUCGACCAGCUCAAUGCGAUCGAGCCAUCACACGUACUUAAGGCCGAGGCUGGUCGCAUAGAGGUGUGGGACCACCACGCUCCUCAGCUACGUUGCUCUGGUGUCUCCUUCGUACGUUACGUCAUCGAGUCUAAGGGUCUCUACUUGCCCUCUUUCCUUAACACCGCGAAGCUAUCCUUCGUGGCUAAAGGACGAGGUCUUAUGGGAAGAGUGAUCCCUGGUUGCGCUGAGACAUUCCAGGACUCAUCAGUAUUCCAACCAGGCCAGCAGGGACAGGGCCAGCAGGGACGAGGCCAGCAGGGACGGGGCCAGCAGGGACAGGGACAGGAGCAGGAACAGGAGCAGGGACCAGAACAAAGGCAAAGCUUCUCUGAUAUGCACCAGAAAGUGGAGCACAUAAGGAGCGGGGACACAAUCGCAACCCCAUCAGGUGUAGCACAAUGGUUCUACAACGAUGGAAACCAACCACUUGUCAUCGUUUCCGUCCUUGAUUUAGCAAACCACCAGAACCAGCUUGACCGCAACCCAAGGCCAUUUUACUUAGCUGGAAACAACCCACAAGGCCAAGCCUGGCUAAAAGGACGUGAGCAACAGCCACAAAACAACAUCUUUAAUGGCUUUCCACCAGAGGUUAUUGCUAAAGCUUUCAAAAUCAAUGUUCAGACAGCACAACAACUUCAGAACCAGGAAGACAACCGUGGAAACAUUGUCUUUGUCAAAGGCGAAUUCGGUGUCAUUAGGCCACCUUUGAGGGGGCAGAGACCACAGGAGGAAGAAGCAGUAGGUAACGGUUUAGAGGAGACCAUAUGCAGCGCGAGGAGCACCGAUAACCUCGAUGACCCGUCCAAUGCUGACGUGUACAAGCCACAGCUCGGUUACAUCAGCACUCUUAACAGUUAUGAUCUCCCUAUCCUUCGCUUCCUUCGUCUCUCAGCACUCCGUGGAUCUAUCCGUCAAAACGCAAUGGUGCUUCCACAGUGGAACGCAAACGCCAAUGCGAUUCUCUACGUGACAGAUGGGGAAGCCCAAGUGCAGGUGGUUAACGACAACGGUGAAAGAGUGUUCGACGGACAAGUCUCUCAAGGACAGCUACUUGCCAUUCCACAAGGUUUCGCCGUGAUGAAACGUGCAACAAGCGACCAGUUCCGGUGGGUUGAGUUCAAGACAAACGCAAACGCACAAAUUAACACUCUUGCGGGCAGAAUCUCAAUCAUGGCAGGUCUACCACUAGAGGUCAUAAGCAAUGGGUACCAAAUCUCGCCCCAAGAAGCAAGGAAGGUUAAGUUCAACACGCUUGAGACCACUUUGACUCACGCUAGUGGCCCAGCUAGCUAUGGGAGGCCAAGGAAGGCUUGAUGCUUGAAAGUUUAAAACGGCGAUGUUUAACUAUGAGCCUCUACUGUAAAACGAAGUCAAAUAGUAGUAAUAAUAAUAAUACGAAAAUGUAACUGGUUUUGUUGAGGUUUCUUGUAAAAUGUAACUCCUUUUCUGAAUAAGACCAUCAAGUUCAUAAAAA